AUGCGGCUCCUACUACUACUAGGGCUGUUUGCCUCCGCACUAGCUGCGAUUGUAGCCCGAAAUGUAGACCUGAAAGCCGAGACACCCGCCGUCGAAAAACUGACAGCAGAGCUAACGGGCCCAAGUGCUGUUGGGGAAACCGCGCCCAGCGGUGACGGCGGUGACCUGGCGCCCGCCGCCACCGUGCACAAGAAGCACGAGGAUCACAAGAAGGAGGAAGGCGGCGGCCACGAGCACCACGCGCACCACCACAAGGAGGAGGGCGCCAAGGGGGACAAGGGGUACAAGUCGCACCACCACCACGACAAAGGCGAGCACUCGCACCACGGCAAGCACCACCACGAGGGGCACCACGACGAGCACGCCGCGCACAAGAAGAAGCACCACGACGAGCACGACCACCACGGCGAGCACCACGAGGCGGCGCACGGGCACAAGGGCGGCAAGUUCGGACACAAGAAGGGCCACAAGAAGGGCUCCAAGACCACCGGCUUCCACCACAAGUCGCACAAGGACGAGUACCACAAGGAGCACAAGUUCUACGACGACUUCCACAAGGGCGGCCACCACAACAAGCACGGCGACUUCCACGGGCACCACGACAAGAAGGAGGGGCACCACAAGAAGGGCGGCAAGCACGAGAAGGGCCACCACGAGAAGCACCACGGCAAGAAGGGCCACCACGACAAGGGCCACUACGACGAGGACCACAAAGGCCACAAGGGCCACCAUGGCCACGAGGAGCACCACGCGCACCAUCACGACCACGCCAAGAAGGGCGGCCACGCCGGCGGCAAGGAGCACGGCUACAGUCACGGCAAAAAGCACUGAACGAGAUUUUCUUGCUGUGGGUGUUUACUGUUGGUUCCUAUUUAUGUCUGCAA